UACAGCAACUGCAGAGGCAUCAUCAUGCUCCUGUCUCUUCUAUCUUUGCUCUCCUUCCAUUUGGCCCUUUCCUUACCCCAAACUGAGCCCCCACUAUUCCCGAAUUACCCUUUUAUUUCCAUAUGGAAUGCUCCGAUGGACAAGUGCUCCCUACCCCCAGACAUGGCAUCAUUUCAGAAUGUCACCUCCCCCAAGGACCCGGGACAAUUCCUCACCCUCUUCUACGACAGCAAGCUUGGACUAUACCCAAAAUACAAUCACAUGCAAGAAUACUGCGGCGGCUUGCCCCAAAAUGGCAACCUAACUGCUCAUUUGACCAAAGCUGCAAUUGACAUUGACGCACAUAUUGCACAAAAUUUCUCACAGGGACUGGUUGUGAUCGACUGGGAGGGUUGGCGCCCCCUAUGGGAUCAAAACUGGAUGUUAAAACGUAUUUAUCAAAAUUUCUCUAUCCUGCAAAUUCUGGAAAAGGAACCUAAACUAUGUGGCAAGAGUAUUAUUGAAGAAGCUAAAACACAGUUUGAAACUGCCGCAAAAAGAUACAUGCAGGAGACUUUAAAACUUGGUAGGGAAAAGUAUCCAAAUUAUAGAUGGGGGUUCUAUCUUUUUCCUGAUUGCUACAACUAUGAUUGGAAUAAGGAUUUUGACUAUACAGGGAAAUGCUCCAUGAAGACAAAAGAGCAGAACAACCAGAUGUCAUGGCUGUGGGAGGCUAGCACAGCUCUGUUUCCGUCCAUUUACCUGGAUGUAAAACUGAGAAACUCGCCCCGUGCGGUUAAAUUUGUCCAAAACCGUGUCCAGGAGGCGCUGAGGGUGGCUGCUCUGCCUCAUGAGAAGCACGCUCUCCCGGUGUAUGUCUUCACACGACCACUCUACAGAGAUCAGAACACAGUCUACCUCAGUGAGACAGACUUGGUGCACACGGUUGGAGAGAGUGCUGCUUUGGGGGCCGCUGGGAUCAUCAUGUGGGGGGCUUCAAGUGACUACAACAACAAGGCAUCAUGUGAGGCCCUCUCCUCGUACUUAACCUCCACUCUGGGUCCGUACAUGGCUAACGUCACCGCGGCGACCUUCCUCUGCAGUCAGGUGCUAUGUCAGGGCAAAGGUCGCUGCGUCAGGAAGAACUACGAGUCCGCCCACUACCUGCACCUGAGCCGCACCCACUUCAGGGUCCUCAAGUGCAGCAGUAAGUAUGUGGCAGUGGGCAGGCCCUCCGAAGAUGAGCUGAAACAAUGGGAGGACCACUUCACCUGUCAGUGCUAUGCUCAGAGCUGUGGGCCCAAACUGGUGCCUCCAAAAGACAUUCAAGAGAUCUGGGUUUAA